UAGGCAAAACACAGCUAUUAGUCACUUCAAUUAGAAGGCUCUAGACAAGGGAAGAGCAGCCGAAGGCCAGGACUUAAUUGGUCCUAACCGGUUAUGUUGUAUAAAUAAAUGCAUUUUGAUACAAGCGAGACUUUGCAGGCAUAUUCAGCCCUUCUGGCAUUUAGAUACAACAUUGCCAAAGGCAGGUACUUCCGACCUAUUUUGACAUUUGGAUACAAUAUUGCUGUCAUCCACAUAGUUAAUGGCUGAGAACAUCAUAAUCCAGUUACCAAAAAGAAAAAAGAAAACUUGCAAAAAGAACUCAGUGCUUAUGUUCACAGUUUUGUGUUGGACCGCAUUCAUGGCCAUCCUUGACCACAGGGGCCCUCUUACCUAGGAUGAUUAAAAUACUAGAGCUGGGUGUGGUGGCUGCCAUCCGACUGCUGUUGAAGCUGAGGUAACUGAAUCGUAAGUUCAAAGCCAGCUUGUAUUAUAAAGUGAGACAUCACAGGAAGUAGAUUACGGGACUAAGGAUGUAGUACGAUUGGAGCUCUUGGCUUAGACUGCUGGAAGCCCUGGUCUCCGUUCAUAGCAUAGUAUAAGCCAGACGUGGUGACACCUGCCUUUGGGAGGUAGAAGCUGCAUCAGAAGUUCAAGGUUAUCUUUGGUUGGAGGCCAAUCAUUGUUUCUUACACACACACACAUACACACACACAUACACACACACACGCACGCACACACACACAGUAAAAAUAAGAUGCAAUAAGUAUUAGAGAUACGGCUCAGUUGGUACAGUGCUUGUCUUGGAAGCACAAGGACCUGAGUUCAGUCCCUAAAGCCCAUGUUAUUUAACAGCAGCAGCAGCAGCAGCAGCAGCAACAACAAACCCAAAAGAUUUGGUGACCUGGGAGCUUGCAGUCCUACAGUUGGGGCGGCAGAGCCAGUUACAGGUGACUGAAUUUUCAAGCUGCAGAAUGCAUAGCACCUUACAAGGUUGGCCAUGAUGAGCUCCCCACAGAUGAAGGAAGCUAAGGUGCUGGUUGUUCAAUUUGUGGGCGAUGAUGAUGUCCUCAAUCACAUUUUCGAUAGAGAAGGAGGAACUAAAUUAAAAAAGGAGAAAGCUCAGCUUUUGGUCAAUCCUCAGAAAAUAAUAAAGAAGCCAGAAUGUGAACUGGAGAAGAGUGACCAGGAAGUCCUAAAGGAUCAGAACUACGUGGAAGUUUUGGGAAGAAAUAUUCAAGAAUCCUUGAAAAAUGGCUCUGCUGUAGAUGGGAAUAAAGUUUAUUCUUUUCAAUCCAGAAAGCAUUCUGAAGAAAUGACCAAAUUAGCUUUAGAACUAGCAAAAAUGCCAAGAAAAAUUGUUCCUAUUGACUCAAAGAAUGAUCCUGAAAUUAUGAAGAACGUCCCUCGUCAAAGCAAGGGGCGUUCUGCUUCAGAGAAAGUUCAGCAGGAGAACAAUAGCAAAACUGAAUUCCUGUCAACACCACCUCGUAGUCUAAGAAAAAGAAUAAUAGUGCCCGCGUCUCACUGCGACACCGAGAGUGAGUAUUCCGCCUCCAGCUCGGAGGAUGACGGAGAAGAGGACACUGAUGCCGUCGGGCUGUCCCAGAAGGGCCGAGCUCAGAGCAGAGGACCCCCAGCUCCUGCUCCCAAGGGGACGCCGCCUAAGAAGAUGAAAAGAGACAAAGCCAGUGACUUGGUAGAAGAAUAUUUUGAAGCCCACAGCAGUUCAAAAGUUUUAACGUCUGACAGAACCCUGCAGAAGCUGAGGAGAGCUAAAGUGGAUCAGAAAACUCUGCGUAAUUUAUUGAGCAAAUUUUCACCUUCCUUUUCUGCUGAAAUUGAACAGUUAAAUCAACAGCAUGAAAAGUUGUUUCACAAAUGGAUGCUCCAGCUACACCUCGGGUUCAACAUUGUGCUUUAUGGCUUGGGGUCCAAGAGAGACUUACUGGAAAAGUUUCGAACUACCAUGCUUCAGGAUUCCGUUCACCUUGUCAUCAACGGCUUCUUUCCUGGAAUCAGUGUGAAAUCGAUCCUGAAUUCUAUAACUGAAGACGUUCUCGGUCAUAUGGGUACUUUCCAGAGUGUUCUGGAUCAGCGAGACUGGAUAAUAAACAAGUUUAAAGAAGAUUCUUCUUUAGAACUCUUUCUUCUUAUCCACAAUUUGGAUAGCCAGAUGUUGAGAGGAGACAAUAGCCAGCAAAUUCUGGGCCAGCUGUCAUCUUUGCAUAACGUGUACCUUAUAGCAUCCAUUGAUCACCUCCACGCUCCUCUCAUGUGGGAUCAUGCAAAGCAGAGUCUUUAUAAUUGGCUUUGGUAUGAAACUACUACAUACCACCCUUAUACUGAAGAAACAUCCUAUGAGAAUUCCCUUCUGGUGAAACAGUCUGGAUCUCUACCCCUGAGUUCUCUGAUUCAUGUCUUACGAAGCCUCACCCCCAAUGCACGGGGAAUUUUCAGGCUACUUAUAAAGUUCCAGCUGGAUAACCAGGACAGCCCCUCCUACACAGGACUUUCUUUUCAGGACUUUUACCAGCAGUGUCGCGAGGCCUUCCUUGUUAACAGCGAUCUCACUCUCCGGGCCCAGCUGACUGAGUUCAGGGAUCACAAGCUUAUAAGAACGAAGAAGGGAACUGAUGGUGUAGAAUAUUUAUUAAUUCCUGUUGACAGCGGAACAUUGGCUGAUUUCCUGGAGAAGGAAGAGGAGGAGGCUUAGACUGCCUCCUUUAGGUGGAAGAGUCUUGUACCCCAGCUGCCGCUCUUAGUAAGAAUGCUGGUUUACGUCCAGCACUAGAUCAUUCUCUCCAGCACACAAGACUGACUAUUGAAGGGGCAGAUCAUCAACUUUGAGCUUUGAUUAGGCUGGAUUACUGUCUCUAAUACUGUGCGGUGUCAUCGAGUUGGGGGGAAAUGUGCCUUUAAUUUAUUACCUCUCUGGAGACUUCUUGCUGGAUGAACAGUGUGCUCAGGGAUUAUUUGGAACUGGAUGUUUUGGAUUAUUUUAUACUGAAUGUUAUCCCUAGUUUUCGAGGGCCGUUUAAUGCUCCCUGAGCUGAAUUCCUACAAGUGCACUUGUUUCCGAUGUGAAAGCACAAAGAUGGGGUCACACAGAGCUCGUCAGAAAGGACGGGCUUCACCUGCUUUCUCUGAAGUGAUAAAGGUAUCCAGUGGGCUGAGAUGAUGCGCUACACAUGCCUGGGACAGGUGGGAGAAGUGUAAGGAACUGACAGGGCGUGUGCCAACCAACACAGCAUUUAUAGUUCAUUGAGUAUCUGGACCAUCACCUUGAUUUCAUGAUACAAACGGGAAGCCAGGCUUAAAAAUAAAAUCCCAAUUUACACGUUAAUAAUUGUUCUCAGGACAGUAGAAGAUAAAAACAUUUCACUAUUCUUGUACAUUGACAGUUUUUAUCUUCUUAAACAGCAUGCAGGCAUAGCUGGCACGUCUGUAAUCCCACUGUCAGGACUCAGAGGCAGGCAGACUGCUUCUCUCCCUUCCCACACAACAGUAGCAAGACAUGAGCUCACAUUUGUGAUCCCAGCACCAGAAGGGGAGGCAGGAGUUCUAGGUCAGUCUGAGCCACAGCGAUGCCUGCUUCAGAAAACAGCAGCCGCUAAAUAAACACAGAGUGAUCACAUGAGACUUGCUGGUUUGCACUUUGCUUUCUGUGGUGUGUGUGUGUGUGUGUGCGUGUGCGUGCGCGCUUCUGUGCAGAGGCCAGAGUAAGAUGCUAAGUGUCUUUUACUUUCUGCCUUAUUACCUUGAGACAAGGUCUCAGUGAACCAGAGGCUCCUUUUAGGCUGUCUCUGCCUGCCAGUGCAGCUAGGGCACUGUAGACAUGCCCAGAGUUCUGCGUCAGAGCUGGGGUUCAAAUUCAGGUCCUCAUGUUUUUUUUUACUAAAUGUUACUAAAAUAAAAGACCAGAGUGUAUAGUCCUUUUAUAAUGCUAGUUGUUUUGAAGAGUUUGAGAAGGAUUCUGAGUGCAUCUUACAGCUCUCGUGGGCACAAUGGCAUAUUAACUAUCUACUCACUUCCCUGAGCAGCUCUGUUCCUUCCUGUCUAGGAGGUAUAGGAACCUGAAGUUAUAAUUCCUGCCUGAUUUGCUUCUGGGCAGGAGGUGUAAUUCACCAGGCGAACUCUUUUCUUGUUUUUGUUUUAAUUUUUAGGCUAGCAUGCAGAGGUGUUGGGUUCCUUAUGGCAUUUCCGUAUGUAUGUGUGUGUGUGUGUGUGUAUGUAUGUAUGUGUGUAUACACACAUUUCCAUAUAUAUAUAAAUCAUUGUACUUGGUCCUCAUUGAUCCCCUCCCCAAUCACCAUGUCUCCCCUCUCUCCCUCUUCUGCUUUAUUAUCUCAUGUACCCCAUUACCCUCCUUGUCCUUAAAAAUCUCUUCAUCUUGUCUGUUCCCCUUCUGGUUUUAUGACCUGCAUGCGCACAGGCAUGCGCACACACACUCUAAGUUCUUCUAAGAGAGGGCAUGCAGAAUGUGUCUUUCUGCAUCUGGCUUGUAGAACACCUGCAGGAAAUGCUGUGUGACAAUCACUACUCCUAUUCUGAGUGUUGAACACCAUUAAUCAGCAACAAAACUACAAGCCACUUUGGAGAUCAGUUAGAACAUGUGACCUUCCAUUCACAAUGUGGAACACAGUUCAAGAAUACAGCUGUACAAGCCGGGCGGUGGUGGCGCACGCCUUUAAUCCCAGCACUCGGGAGGCAGAGGCAGGCGGAUCUCUGUGAGUUCGACACCAGCUUGGUCUACAAGAGCUAGUUCCAGGACAGGCUCCAAAACCACAGAGAAACCCUGUCUCGAAAAACCAAAAAAAAAAAAAAAGAAUACAGCUGUACAGCCGGGCGGUGGUGGCGCACGCCUUUAAUCCCAGCACUAGGGAGGCAGAGGCAGGUGGGUCUGUGAGUUCCAGGCCAGCCUGGUCUACAAGAGCUAGUUCCAGGACAGCUAGGAUUGUUUAUACAGAGAGAGAAAGAGAGAGAGAGAAUAUGAGAAUAGAGUUGUACAAGGGGAAUUCUGAGUGCUUGUGAGAAUACUUCAAGAAAAUAAGACAAAAAUCGGGUUUUUUUGUUUCUCUUUUUUUUUUUUGCAAAAACACAAAAUAUUGCAGCUGGCUAUUGUUAUUGUUCAUAUGCCUCUAUGAAAAAAUGUUUUUGCCACGUGCCAUUUCUCCAUGUGAUGUACACUUUACUCAGGUGACUCUGCUUAACUCUCAGAGUCUAAAUUGUCUGAGUCUCCAAAUAAAGUUGCCU